CCAAAUUCCACACAAAACAUUUUCUUAUAUCUCACAGCACUUGAAAAAUAACAAACGAUCUAUUCACGUGUUUAAGAUAACAGCCGUCAUCGCUGACAAAAUGGAAUUUCCCGAACAAGUCCUUAACUAUCAUACAGAUAUGAUUUAUCACCUUGGACAACUAUUUGCAAUACCAUCCCCUGAAUGGAAUGAUAUUUGCAGAAGUUCCGUAUCAAAUAAUUACAUCUCGACAAAUAAAAUGGGCAGAGUGACAAGCAUGUCUGACCUCUGCUCGUCUCUCAUGGAUGAUGUGAUAAUCGAGUAUGGCAAAUACGACAGAUUAAAAUCAAUGCUUGGUAGACAUAAGGACAAGGCUAAUGAAAUAAUUGAUAAAUACACGGAGUUGAUCCGCAAGGAAAUGACAGGAGGUAAAGAAACCAAUGACCAACAGAUGAAAUACAACUUCAGAAGUGCAAGUGUUGGCAACAGACAACCAGGACAGAAUUCUGAUAUUGAAAGUAGAAAUGGCACUGGCAACAACAGCAAUACCAGGAGACGAAAAUCCUCUGACAAGUCGGAUCUAAGACCUAGUGAGAAAAGAAUGAAAGUUGAAGGAGAAGGGUCACAUCAGUUCAGAAAGAACAUGGACAAUACCCAUGAUGCAAGGAUCCUUGAUGUGUGGAUGCGUGCACGGAAUGCUGUUGGCCACAUAAAAGGACCAAGGAAAUCGGGAGGAACGGGGUUUAGAGUGGGCAAGAACUACAUCAUGACUGCGUACCAUGUUGCAGAAGAUCUCACAAAAAGAUAUAAAAGUGAUGACGAAGACUGGUCAAAGCUUGAUUCCAGAGAGGUUUCGAUUGAGUUCCAGUUUCCUGAAGAUAAUGUUAAAAAAUUUCAUUUUGAACCUGACUUAAUAUAUGGCUUGAAAGAACAAGAUAUUGCGAUUUUACAACUGAAAGACAACUCUGAACCAUUUCCUGAUCCAAUAAGAAGGUUUGGGAAAAUUGACUACCAUGAAUCAUUUGCUCUGUUGGGUUUCCCAUGCAAACCAAAUAACGAAAUCAUGCAAUUUGAUUCAGAUAUCAAGCUUUUCAAUCUGGAUAGUGAUGCUAAGGAAGAUCGUGUUCGACGUGAAAAAAUGCUAAAAGAUGACAUAGUACAAGAUGGAUAUGAAGGGAUUGAUAAUAAAGAGAAAGUUCUGUUCGACUGCUGGGUACAGCAUGGGGCCUCUGGAUCCCCAGGAAUUGUUAUGAGUGAAGACGUAGAACCAGUCUGCACAUUGAUGUUGAUACGUGGGUAUCCUACAUAUGCUUUCAGUGGGAACAUCUCAGUUCCAUAUGAAGAAAUGAUUGAGCAAGGUGUCAAAAUGGAGGCGAUUGCCAAUCUACUUGGUCGUGGUGGGAAACGUUACAAGGAACUCAGAAAUGAGAUAUUUGGUGAUUCCUUCAUGGUUAACUGAAACAAGGCAGCUCUCAUGUGUUUCUUUAUACAAUUUGUGGCCAAGCUUUCAUGAAUGCUGCGGCACAUAUAUACUGUAUAUAGAACUACUGUAAAGCAACAGGAGUCCAAUUGUUAUGCAAAACAUUGGAUUGAAAAGUAAUCAUGUGCCAGUUGUUAAGAAUCAUUCCUACAGAGACCUACUUAUUUUGAUGGAAUCAGUGGUUUUUUUUUAUAUUUCUAAAUCUUUUACACUUUUAGUGAGUGUUUAAACAACGUUUGUACUGUAAACAACCUUAAUGUAUCUUUAUGUAAAGCAGCUUUGUUUUGCUGUUAAAAAAACUUUAAACUUUCAAUUAUCAUAUGGAAUAUCAAGUUUCAGUUCAUUCUACUGUCAUUUGAUAUGUCAUGACAUGACUGUUGCUACUGACAACCUGAACACUCAACAACAGGGUGUUGAUCUCAACAAAAGGGUGUUGAUCUCAACAACAGGGUGUUGAUUGAUGACACAACAUAAUGUCAUGUUAAAGUGCUGUUGUAUGUUUGCUAUGUCAUGUUAAAGUGCUGUUGUAUGUUUGCUAUGUCAUGUUAAAGUGCUGUUGUAUGUUUGCUAUGUCAUGUUAAAGUGCUGUUGUAUGUUUGCUAUGUCAUGUUAAAUUGCUGUUGUAUGUUUGCCAUGUCAUGUUAAAGUGCUGUUGUAUAUUUGCCAUGUCAUGUUAAAGUGCUGUUGUAUGUUUGCUAUGUCAUGUUAAAGUGCUGUUGUAUGUUUGCUAUGUCAUGUUAAAGUGCUGUUGUAUGUUUGCUAUGUCAUGUUAAAGUGCUGUUGUAUGUUUGCUAUGUCAUGUUAAAGUGCUGUUGUUUGUUUGCUAAAACUUCUUUGUGUAAUGUACCACCAGUCAACUUUUUUAUAUUGCUGGGGUGUUUUAUACUUUUUACACUUGAAUUAUGAGGAGGCUGGAAGUUUGUAAUUUUGAUGAAUAUAUAUAUAUUUCAAAUACAUACUUUUGAUAACCUUUUUUAAGUUCAUCACAAAGAACAGUUUUAUUGCUUAAAGGUAAAAUUGUGGAGUAGAAAACCAAAUGGAGACAAUCAUUUUUGCAGCAUUUUCAAUUAAACAUGAUGGUCAAUAUAAUUUUAUCAGAAAUGAUUUCUGACUGGCAAAGCCAAUGAAAAUCACUCUAAUGUAUCUGUACACAAAAUAUUCAUAGUGGAAUGGACUAGAUAAUAGGCAGUUGAUGUGAUAAAUGUAUACCUCCACAACAGGACCAUAUGAUAAUAACUAUGAUGUCAACAGGACCAUAUGAUAAUAAAUAUAACGUUAACAGGACCAUAUGACAAUAACUAUGACAUCAACAGGACCAUAUGAUAAUAAAUAUAACGUUAACAGGACCAUAUGACAAUAACUAUGACGUCAACAGGACCAUAUGACAAUAACUAUGACGUCAACAGGACCAUAUGACAAUAACUAUGACGUCAACAGGACCAUAUGACAAUAACUAUGACAUCAACAGGACCAUAUGACAAUAACUAUGAUGUCAACAGGACCAUAUGAUAAUAACUAUGACAUCAAGAGGACCAUAUGACAAUAACUAUGACGUCAACAAGACCAUAUGACUGUAACUAUGAUGUCAACACGACCAUAUGAUAAUAACUAUGACGUCAACAGGACCAUAUAACAAUAACUAUGACGUCAACAGGACCAUAUGACAAUAACUAUGACAUCAAGAGGACCAUAUGACAAUAACUAUGACGUCAACAGGACCAUAUGACAAUAACUAUGACAUCAAGAGGACCAUAUGACAAUAACUAUGACGUCAACAAGACCAUAUGACUAUAACUAUGAUGUCAACACGACCAUAUGAUAAUAACUAUGACGUCAACAGGACCAUAUAACAAUAACUAUGACGUCAACAGGACCAUAUACAGAAUAGCUAGAAAUGUUUUUGAAAUCAAACAAAUUAUAUUUCCACAAAUGGAAAGUUUCAAAUCUGGAUGUAAAGGGCUAUUUAAUACUCAUACACCUUAUUUCAUGAACAAUAUUACUACUAUGAUAUCAAUGUACUAAAAAACACCUAAAAUGCCAUCUCUAUUAAAAUAACUGGCUAUACCGUACCCAGAGCAAUAUCAACACUUGUUUCAUCAAACAGGAUUAUCUGCUCUAGUUUUCUACCCGAACUUAAGAGUGGCUUCGCACAAAAAUGAAAAAAAAAAGUUUACCGAGCGUAGUCAAUCAGAGAAACUUUAUACAAAUGUAGGUUAUCAAGUAUAGAAGUGAUAUCAACAUUGAGGUUAUUCACUUCUGUAUUACAACAUAUUUAUCUCAACAUAAUUGAUCAAAAUGAUUGAAUACAAUUGUGAGUACUCAUGAUUAGAAUUUUCAUACCUUUAUUACACAUAAGUGCACAUGGUUUACAAAGAAAUUCAGGAAAUUUAAGAUUUUGUUAAUGUUAGCAAUUUUUAAACAAAAGUUUGCAAAGAGCAAUAAGUUUGAAAUCCAACAUUUUUUUUCAAAUCAGCAAUGUACAGUACCUUAUAUAUCAAAUAAAGCAAUAAAAUUUAAUUUUCUAACA